ACUCAGGACAUGGAGGCGUUUGUCCAGAGCUCUGGAGAGGAUGGAGUGAUUGUCGUCAGUUUCGGCUCCAUGGUCAAGACGAUGUCGGAAGAGAAGAGAGAAAUCUUCGCGGCAGCCUUCGCCCGACUCCGGCAGAAGGUGGUGUGGCGUUACGUGGGAGAGAAGCCGACUGGGCUGGGCGAGAACACCAAGCUGCUGGUUUGGCUGCCUCAGAACGACCUACUGGCCCACCCAAAGACCCGAGCCUUCAUCACUCACGCCGGGUCAAACGGUGUGUACGAGGCCCUGCACCACGGCGUGCCCAUGGUCUGCCUGCCGCUGUUUUCGGACCAGCCCGCCAACGCCGCCCGGGUGGUGGCCAGGGGGCUGGGGGUGACGCUGGACUUCAGCACGGUCACCGCAGACCAGUUGUACCAGGCCAUUCUACAUGUUCUCACCAACAAGAGCUACCGUGAGACGGCCGCCCGCCUGUCCCGUCUGCACCGUGACCAGCCCCAGUCACCCAUGGAGCGGGCCGUCUGGUGGAUAGAACACGUCAUCCAACAUGGCGGACUGCCCCAUCUCCGCGCACGCGCCGUGGAGCUGCCGUGGUACCAGUACUACCUGCUGGACGUGGCUGCGUUCCUGCUGUCCGUCUGUUCAGCUGUCCUGUGGACCGUGUGGUGCGGCUGUUCGCUCGUCUGUAGGAAGUGUUGCGCUAAAGGUGGCGGCAAGCUCAAGUCUCAGUAGACUCUCCGACAUUAUUCAAAUAGCGCUAAGGAUGACUAAUUAAGCGUAAGGAAGUCUCUGACAAUAUACACGACAAAUGAAGGUGUAGUGUGACCCAGGACAUACCGGGUCAAGACCCCCGUCUAUCAAACCUUCGGUAAACCUUAGGCCGGCCGUCAUUGGAACAGAAUGCAUGCGGACGUGGCUGCUUUUCUGCUGUCCGUCUGUUCAGCUGUCCUGGGGACCGUGUGGUGCGGCUGUUCACUCGUCUGUAGGAAGUGUUGCGCUAAAGGUGGCGGCAAGCUCAAGUCCCAGUAGACUCUCCGACAUUAUUCAAAUAGCGCUGGGGAUAAGAUGACUCAUUAAACGUAAGGAAUUCUCUGACAAUAUACACGACAAAUGAAGGUGUAGUGUGACCCAGGACAUACGGGUUCAAUACCCGACCCCGUCAAUCAAACCUUCGGUAAAUCUUCGGCGGUCAUUGGAACAGAAACAUGUUCCGUUUCCAUUUGGGAUCACCAGCGGACAUUGCUGCGUUCCUGCUGUCCGUCUGUUCAGCUGUCCUGGGGACCGUGUGGUGCGGCUGUUCACUCGUCUGUAGAUAGUGUUGCACUAAAGGCGAAGGCAAGCUCUAUGCAAAUCACUCUUGGGAAGAGAUUGAACGAAUUUCAUAAUAAUUAUUGACCAAUUUAUACAGAAUGUGUCUAAUCAAGCUGCAAUAUAACGUGUGUUUUUUUUUAAAUCAAUUUGUAACACAAGUAUUUUGUGAGAUAUUACAUCAAAGCUGUGCACUUCAUUCAGCCCCCAGGCUGCCAAAACUGCGCUUUUAUUCCCUCUGUGGAAAAAUAAUCCUAAGCAGACUAGACUACCAA